AUGGCAACGGGACCUCACUCCUGGUGGCGGUCUUCCCUUGGAAUCGAGACGGAGGACAAAGCGGCGAGGGUUUGCAGGGACAAGUGGCGGCUUCGGGAAGAGGCAGGGAGAACUCGAACAGCGAACAGCGAACAGCGGAGGAGAGAGAGCGUAUACCGUAUCCUUCCUUUAUUCACUUCUACUACUUAUACCCUUCUUCUCUUCUUCUCUCUUUUCAGUUUUCUCCUCAACACAACAUUCUUUCUCUUCUCUUCUUCUACUUCCACAAUGACACUAACAACUUCAUCAUCUUCUUCUUCUUCUUCUUCAGAAACAUCUACUACCAGCACCAUUUCACCACCACCCUCACCCUCACCCUCCUCAUCUUCUUCUUCUUCCAAGAAGCAAAAAACAGAGCAUGCCAACAAGGACCCCAAGAGACCAAGAGACUGCAGCAAGCACCCCCUCUACCAUGGCGUCCGCAAGCGCAAUUGGGGCAAAUGGGUCUCCGAAAUCCGCGAGCCUCGCAAGAAAUCCAGGAUUUGGCUUGGAACUUUCGCCACGCCCGAGAUGGCUGCCAGAGCACACGACGUCGCCGCCUUGUGCAUCAAAGGCCAGUCCGCCAUCCUCAAUUUCCCCGAACUCGCCGGGACACUCCCUCGUCCAGUCACGUGUUCCCCACGUGACAUUCAAGCUGCGGCCACAGCCGCAGCCUCCAUGGUCAAAUUUGACUCUAUUGCUGCUGCCGAACAGCCUCAGCUCCACCCAGACACGUCUGAUGAUGCUGAGACUUGCUCGCAGCAGCAAGAGGCAGAACAAUCGCCGUCGUCGGAAUCGUCAUCAUUGUCAAUGUCUAGAGAGACGGAUUCGUCUGAACUGAGCGAGAUAGUUGAGCUUCCGAACAUUGAAGAUGAUGAAGGGUUUGACUCGGUUGAGUCAUCAAGGAGCGAGUUCAUUUGGUUCGACAUGGUCGAUAACUGCAAUGGUUGGGUGUAUGAUCCUCCAAUGGGGUUAGAGGGUGCUGAAUUCUGUGCAAAUUUCAUUGCUGAUAGUAACUCUUUGAUACCCAUUUGGGAUGAUUGAAAAUUUGGAUCUUUUUUUCAUAUUCACUUUGCUUCACCACUUUUGGCACUGUCAUUGUAC